AUCUCCAGAGCUUUUUAGACUAGAGAACUUCGUGGGAAUGCCGGGGAACAUAGGUCUAGGUCGACGAUUAAGGGUUUAUGGGGCGUCGGUCCUUAUCAGAGUUGAUUGACCUCCAAAAGAAUUCAUUGUACGUUCGCGAAACAAUAUGAGUGAAAGUGAUUAAUUGAUAUUCUGAAGUAUUUUAUCAUCAACGUCGGCCAUCAGUUUUUUUUAUCUGCGGUGAGGGGUAUUUAAAGACUUCUGGGGGAUUUCUCGUCGGAUUUUUUAGCUGGGGCUUUCAGAGAGUGCAUUGUUAAUGGUCGAGGGAACUGAUCACAAUAGAACUAUAAAUUAAAAACAUACCGCAGUCAUUCGAGACAGAUAAACAUGUUUCUAGUUUGUGGUUUGAUAACGCUGGGUCAGGUUAUUUUUAUCGCUAUCGAGGGGUAUUAAAGACCUUUAGAACCUUUCUCUGGUAACUCUCGAGGCUCCAGACCCCCCUGAAAGUGCACUAAAUCUGGAGCAGCUGCUACAGCUACAGAAUCGUAAGAAGUCUUUAGAAAAUCAGGAUUGAACUAAUUUCUGUUCCAAGGAAAAUCAUUAAAAAUGCGUCUGGUGAUCUGUGAUACCGUUGAUUACGUAUCGGAGUGGUCCGCUAAAUACGUAAUGAAGAGAAUCAACGACUUUCAACCGAAUGCCAAUAAGUACUUCGUCCUGGGACUCCCAACUGGUGGCACUCCUCUGGGAAUGUACAAGAAACUUAUCGAGUUCCAUAAAGCUGGGAAGAUCUCAUUCAAGUAUGUGAAAACUUUCAACAUGGACGAGUACGUGGAUCUACCCAGGGAUCAUCAAGAGUCAUAUCAUUACUACAUGUACAACAAUUUCUUUAAGCAUAUUGACAUUGAACCUCAGAAUGCUCAUGUUCUUGAUGGUAAUGCACAGGACUUGGUGAAGGAGUGCGAUGAGUUUGAGCAGAAGAUCAAGGAUGCUGGGGGGGUCGAACUCUUCAUCGGAGUUUUUUAUACUCUAGGCAUUGGCCCCGAUGGUCACAUUGCAUUCAACGAGCCAGGCUCGUCCUUGGCUUCGAGGACACGUGUGAAAACUCUUGCUCAAGAUACUCUCGAGGCAAACGCCCGAUUCUUCGGUAAUGACAUAGAUAAAGUUCCCAAGCAGGCGCUCACUGUCGGAGUGGGCACUGUAAUGGACGCAAAGGAAGUUAUGAUUCUCAUCACUGGCUCUCACAAGGCUUUCGCACUUUAUAAAGCUGUCGAAGAGGGGGUCAACCACAUGUGGACAGUCUCAGCAUUCCAACAGCAUCCUAAGACUCUCUUCAUCUGUGAUGAAGAUGCUACACUCGAGCUUAGGGUCAAAACUGUUAAAUAUUUCAAAGCACUUAGUGAAGUCCAUAGCAAACUCAUAGAAGGUGAUGAGCACACGAUUCUUCCACGUCGUGUUCAAAAUUAAUGAGCGUAUACACUGCCAACGUACCAAUCGAGGACACCUGAAGGCACCAUCGAUAUUGUUUAACACUAAGAAAAAUGACCGACUGACUGCUCUUCGGACAAUGGAGAUUCCCACAUUUUCUCGAAGUGCGAAUUCCAUAAUUACAAUUUUUUAACAAUGAAAAAGACAGUCGAAUGUCCUGCCAGAGUUCAUUUGACUGCUAAGUGCGAGUUAUUCUUAGAAAUAAUUUCUACGACUAAUUCAAAAAAAUACAAAACUAUUUUACUAUGCAUGUAACAUUUGUACGAAUAAACAAUUCUUGGAGAUUA